CUUUGGACCCAGCUUGUACCUUAGCUGUUUCCAUUACACCCAAUAAUUCCGUACCACAUAAUUAAUUAAUAAAGGAUACUUCAUUUUUGCUUCCUCGUUUUGAUCUCAGAUCCAAUCAUUAGUUAUAAAAUAAUGCUCUGUCUCUAUGGUCUAUACUAUAUAUACCAGCUUUAAUCAUUAACUUGUAGGCAUAGCCUUAUUAGCUUAACUAAUUAUAUAGGCACCAUUAUGGGACCCCUUGAUUUUAAUGCUCUGAAGAAGAUGCAGAAUUCUGCGAACGAACUGCUUCACUCAGCAGUAGUCCAAGAAGCACUGGUGCAGGAGCGGGAAGAGAAAUGGUUGAAGGAGUUGUCGGAUUCAUGUUUGGGAAUGUUGGAGGUGUGCGGAAUCUCGAAGGACGUUCUGGUGCUGGUGAAGGAACACCUUGAAGAUCUUCGAUUCACAUUGCGGAGAGCCAGCAUAGGGGAGGCGGGAAUCGAGGACAAGAUGGCGGCCUGCGAUUCCUACAGGAAGAAGCUGAAGAAAGAGACCCUCAAGUGUUUGAAAUGGCUCAAGGCAAAAAGAAUCACUACUCCAAGCAUAAUGGAGGUGGUGUUGGUUGUUGAUGUUCUAAGGGAAGUGAGGUUGACCAGCAUCUCAAUUGUGGAAUCACUACUGUCUCUGAUUUCAACACCGUGGUUGGAGUCAAAGUCAAAAUCAUGGAGGAGGCGGUCUUUGUUCGCAGAUGCCAUGCUGCUUCAAAGCGCAAACAAGAGGCUUGCAGGGGUUCAGAUGGCCAUUCAAGAUCUUGACCUUGAGUUGGACUGCAUCUUCAGGCGUUUGAUUCACACUAGGGUUUUGCUCCUUAACAUACUCACACCAAAUUAAUUAAAUUAAACUCAAUUAACCACUCACUCACUCUAUUCUUUCAUUUUUUUCAAAUAUAGUAACUGCAUUGUCAUCAUUCUGCAAUCAAUUACCACAGUUAGUAGUACUCAGUUCAUUCCUUUAUUUUUUUAUUUUGAUAUCAAUCAAUAAUAAAUUGUGUUAACUUAAAAACUUAUUAGCUAGUGCAUGUUCCAAUUUGUCAACUAGAUGUAUGUAUAGAGUAAAUUAGAAGGAAAA